GUAUUCAUCAAAACGUGGGAUCCUAGUAUCGCAUUUCCAGUGGAGAUUUUGUGUAGUGAAGUUCUAUCGAAAAUUUUAGGGAGUAUUUCUUCAUUUAUGUAGCUGUUACGAGUAAAAGCGGAUACAUAAGACACUCAACUACAGGAACAAUGCUACCAACGUGGAUUAUACGACGAUAAAAGUCACUUUUAGAGGAGAUAUUGAAACUGAGAGUUCAUCGGGGCUUUGACCCCUCGAAACCAAGAUGGCCGCCCGAAAAUGGAUAUUUCUUGCUUUUGUUUUGAUAUCGGGCUGGUCUCUUGAAGGGGUUUCAGGAGAAAAUAUGAAGUGUCCUGAUGUCUGUUCCUGUCUGGGGAACGCUGUGGACUGUAGUAACAAAGGCAAAAAGGAGCUUCAAGCGAUACCAGCCGAUAUACCGAACUGGGCCACAGAUUUAUAUCUACAAGGAAAUGACAUCAGCUUCAUCCCAAGUAAUGCAUUUGUUGGUCUCACCAAACUGGAAACUAUAAAUCUUCAAAAUAACAAGAUCCUUAAUGUCAAUUCUGAAGUUUUCAAGCCUGCCUUCAACCUAAAGGAAAUAAAUUUAUCGGACAAUAAACUGGUUGCCUUCCCUAUGUUUGGACAAAAUGCCGAAAACCUGACAAAACUCUAUUUGAAUCACAACAGUAUUAGCACAAUCCCUCCUGGUGCGCUGGAUGGUUUGAAGAAAUUGCGUGAGCUGCAUGUACAAUAUAACAAUAUCACCAAGUUGUCUGUUGGAAUGUUCCCAGCUGGUCUUCAAAUGCACCAUCUGUCUCUGAGCUAUAACAAGAUCAACAAGACAGAACCACAUGCCUUGGAUAACCUAACCAGUCUACUGUGGCUCAAACUGAACAAGAACAAGAUAUCAAAAUUGCCCGAAGAGUUCUUCAUCAAAUUAACAAAAUUAAAAUAUCUGGAGUUAAACCGCAACAAAUUCAAAGAGCUUGGUGGUCUGACGUUUAAGGGUUUGGAGAAAUUGAAGAGUCUUCGCCUUCGUCGUAACAAGAUCACAAAACUGAACGAUGGCGCUUUUUAUGGUCUGUCAUCCAUUGAGCAACUACAUUUAGACUACAACAGUAUAACAACUAUCUCAGACAAGUGGCUGUAUGGUCUCGAAACACUGACACAUUUUUAUCUGUCUCAUAAUCUGAUCAACAAGACUGAUAGUAAUGCCUGGAACUUCUGCAAGAAACUACACGAACUUGAUCUGAGCCACAACAAACUGACAUCAUUUCAAGAGGGUGCCUUUGAUCACCUGGGAGCCCUGGAGAAUCUCUACCUGAACCAUAACAAGAUUUACUCCAUUGCUGAUGGUGCCUUUAGAGGCCUUACUGCCCUAGAAAUAUUGGAAAUGAAUAGCAAUGAAAUAUCAUGGACAAUAGAGGAUAUGAACGGGGCAUUCUCUGGUCUUAAGAAGCUCAGGCAGCUUGGGUUGGAUAGCAACAAGAUCAAAUCUAUCGCCAAACGUGCAUUCUCUGGCCUUGAGGAGUUGAAACAGCUUCAUCUCUCCGAUAACUCCAUCAGCUCUAUACAGAGUAAUGCAUUUGAUCCAAUGAAGCGUCUCACUGACUUACGUUUAAACUCGACCAAUCUGUUGUGUGACUGUCAGCUCAGUUGGCUCCCUCAGUGGCUAGAUUCCAGUGGCUUCAGGGAAUCUGUGAACGCUCGUUGUGGCCACCCUAACACUCUUAAGGGCAAGAGCAUAUUUGCCGUUGAUGCAACAGAGUUCAAAUGUGACGACUUCCCUAAGCCAAUCAUCAUCGAGGAGCCCACAUCUGGUAUUGCGUUAAAAGGUGGGAAUUUAACCCUAACGUGCAAGGCAGCAUCUAGCGCAGAGACAACCAUCAAGUUCAGCUGGAAGAAAGAUAAUAUUCCAAUUCCCAAUGCCAAUAUUGAGACAUUCGCAACAACAAAUGCACAGGCGUCAACAUCAGCUAAAGAUAUCAUCCACUACACAACUAAACUACACCUUAGUAAAAUCGAAGACAAUGAUUCUGGAAAAUACCAAUGCGUCGUAUCAUCCACUAGCUUUGGGCCAACAUACAGCUCGAAGGCCAAGAUUGCCGUCCAUGUAUUCCCAGUAUUCACCAAGAAGCCUGUUGACGUGACUGUAAAGGCCGGAUCAACAGCACGUUUGGAGUGUGCUGCUAAAGGCUCACCUGGACCUGAGAUAGCCUGGCAGAAAGAUGGAGGUGAUGACUUCCCAGCAGCCCGUGAGCGCAGAAUGCAUGUGAUGCCUGAGGAUGAUGUGUUUUUCAUAGUGGAGGUGAAGAGUAGUGACGAAGGGACUUACUCUUGCACUGCAACCAACGCUGCAGGCAGCAUCAUCGUCAAUGCAACACUCACUGUACUUGAGACCCCAUCAUUCUUCAAACCUAUGCCAUCAGAGAUGCAUUCAAAAGAGGGAGAGACCACAGUCUUGCAGUGUAUGGCAUCAGGGUCACCUAAACCCAUGCUGACCUGGCAGAAAGAUGACAAACCAUUAGAAGUGACGCCCAGACAUUUCUUCACCACCAACAACCAGUUAUUAGUGAUCGUUCAGACCAGCCCUGGGGAUGCAGGGAAAUACACAUGUGAGAUGGCAAACACUCUGGGUACAUCUAGGGAUGAUACCAUCCUGAGGGUACUGCCUACUAAAUCACGGCCACAUGUUAGCGCUGCAGGCCUAGAUGAUGAGUCAACCACAACAGGGAUUAUCAUAAUCGCAGUGGUGUGCUGUGUCGUUGGGACAUCAUUAGUGUGGGUGAUCAUAAUCUACCAGACCCGCAAGAAGCCUGAAGAAUACAGUAGCACACCUACUGAUGAGACCACCCUUCCUGGUGAAAUGACAACUACCACAUAUGGCAAAUCUGGCCGUAUAUCCCCUAGUAUCUUGCCCCAGUCUCACUCAACUUCAUCAUCGCAUAAAAACCUGUCUCGCUCUGGCUCUGGGUCGGCUUCAGGUUCAUCAAUUUCAGGUACAGAAUCUCCAUAUCGCUUCGGCAGUAUCGCCAAGCCCCGCACAGCAGCUAUAUUCCCUAGUGAUGUAGAUGAUGAUGAUCAUCGCCAGUCAAUCCCACUAACCCUAGAUGAGCAGCAAACUGCAAGGGUGUCAGAUGAUAGCAUCACAGCUCUAAAUCAGCGUCUAAUGCCUGGUAACUCGGACACUAUGAGCAGCUUCCAAUCACACAAUAGCGUACAAAGUUGCGGCCCCCAUUUACAGACAUUCCACCCCUAUCCUACCAAUCACGACCGGCUCCCAGAAUCCCCAGGGGAUGGGCCUCCGGCGUAUUUCACCCUGAAGCAAGAACAAGUGCAUUAUAAUGCUCCAUGUAGAAAAAAUACCUCAUUAUCAACAGCACCACAUAGUCAUGUAUAUAUCAACAGUGACAACAGGUCAUCCCACAUAUUGGGCACACCUCAUACACAAAACUCUCAACCUCCCGGCACUGGCGAAGACUGUUAUACAGAUAUAUCCAGUGCCACUUUUCCACGUAAAUCCCCUGAACAAAGUCAGUCCUCCCAUUCAUUACACACACCACAUAGAUCUCAUAAAGCAGCAGAAGAGCCUCAAGCAUCAAGUAACCCCACCUAUCACUCAUCUUUAUCAUCAUUGGCGCGGCGACCAUUAAGGUCAUCAGAGACGCUAUCCUCUCCAAAUUCCCAUAGUAAACCUGAACAUUCACAUUAUCAGAAUGUAGGCAUAUCAUUCACUCAUCAAUCCAGAGACUCGCCAUUCAAUUAUAAUACCCCAGAGCCACCAUCUAUGACCAGUCAUCACGAACAAAGUCGAUGCCAGAACGAACUUUCAAAGUGUGAUGCAUUAUAGAGGGAGCUAGUAGUGACAAAGCUAGCUGGCGCUAGCCAGGCAGAAACUGUUAUGAUUUGUUGCAGUUCGCUUUUUUAAGUUAUGCCAUAUAAUGUGCAAAUUCUAUAUAUUUUAUCAAUGGCAGGGAAUUUAGUUGCUAUGCGACUGGAUAACUAUUGAUUAUGUGCUAAUUACACGGGUCAGGGCACUCCAUGUGCGGAGAGACAAUUAACGAAGUCAUGGAGGUCUCUAUUGGACAUUGAUCAACUUGGAGAACAAUGGAUAAGUGCAAAGAACUUAUGAUUUUUACAUGAAGGAGUGUGGAACAAACUUUUUUUUAUAUUAUAUU